CAAGAGCUUCCUCACAGACAAACCAGACAGCAGCAAAAAGAAUCAGCAGUUAAAGUUUUUUCAAUCAUGGGAAGGAAACUGGAUGCUCUACUGGGAAAGAACAGGCAUUUGAAGCCUUCCAAGUUCAAGGCUCUCGCUAAUAUGGCCAUUUCCAGAACUGCCAUCCUCAAGAACCAGCACCAAGCCCGCAGCUCCCUCGCCCGGGCCGACGUUCUCCAGCUCUUGAACCUCGGUCACCAACAUCGCGCUAAGCUUAGAGUUGAGAUUGUGAUCAAGGAGAGUAACAUGUUGGAUGCACUUGGGAUGAUAGAGGAUUACUGCUACCUCCUCAUGGAAAGAGUGGAUCUUCUUCGGAUGAGCAAGGAAUGCCCGGGUGAAGUUAAGGAGGCCAUAUCGACUCUGAUCUUUGCAGCUUCUAGGUGCGGAGAGUUUCCAGAACUUCAGGAGAUUCGCCGGAUUUUCGAGUUGAAAUUUGGGAGAGAGUUCGCCAGCAGUGCUGUGGAUUUACGCAACAACUGCGGAGUUCGUCUCAAGAUGAUUCAAAAGUUCUCAACAAAACAGCCCAGCAUUGAAACUAAACUGAAAGUGCUCGAGGAAAUUGCUUCUGAGAAUGGCAUUACUCUGCAUUUAGAGGAAGAACCUGAAAUAACCAUCAAGGAACAGCUAAAUCAGAAACUGGAAGCCAAGACAUCAGCAGACUUGGAUAAUCCUGAAGUCAUAAACGCCACCAAUAACCUACAUGAAGAAAUGUUCAAGAACGAGUCAGAAUUAGUGAGAGCAAAGAAGUUCAACGAUGUAGCUAGUGCGGCUCAAGAGGCCUUCCAAUCAGCAGCUUAUGCAGCAGUAGCAGCUAGAGCUGCAAUCGAGCUUUCAAGGUCUGAAUCUCAGGAUGUAGAAGAUGACUCUCAUCUUCAAAGAAGCAUGACCCCAGAUAUGGAUAGUUCCCAUGAACCUAAACUUAAUAUAGAAGAAGCUAGCACGCCUCCCAGUAAGAUUGACCAUUCCGAUGACAUAUUUAGCUUUGAAAAAAUUCAUCCUGAUGAAAGUUCGAGCUCAGAAUGUGAAGAUGAAGACAUAGCAGAAAGAAAUCAAGAAACUCAUCUCGAACAUGCAGGCGAAUCGCCAGAAAAACCUGUCAAAGAAAGCAAGCCAUCUGAUCCAAAUUUGGAUUCAUCAAAUCCAGAUUCAAUCUCCCAGAAUGAGCUAGAGAAUGACAAGUUGGUCAGUAAAGAAAAUGCAUUUGCCAGUAAAACUGAAAUUUCAGAUGAGGAUAUCAGAGUUCGUGAAUCGAAGUAAAUUUCUUGCCAAAUUUCAAGUGGAUUUUGCUGAAAUCUCAGGCUGAUAACAUCUCGAUUGGAAGCAAACAUGAAGAAACUAGGGACCGAGUAUACAGUUAAUAGCUUCUAAAUUCUAAAGAAAAGGGUACAAAAAAUUUUGCUAGGCUAGACAUGUAAACUUUAUUAUUGUUUCAAUUUCUUUUUAUCUGAAUACAAUAAAAUUAAUGCUAGAAUCAAGAAGAAUACGUGGGUCUUGCAAACUUUUCCC